AAAAAAUAAGUAAAUAAAAAAAAAAUUACAAGAAAGUAAUGAAAUAGAAGUAGUAGAUGACAGUUUAUAGAAAACGUUUUGCAUACUGCCGGAACACGGUUAGACUAGAAUGACCAGCGUGAAACAAAUGUCUUCAUCAUAUCAGCGUAUUGCCCUCGUUUGUUGUCAGGGUAGUUUAGCAAAUUUGGUGCUACUGUGAAGUGAGCCUUGGGCGACACCGUAUAAAUUAUGCAAACUACGUAACAGUUUGACUGUGGUGUGAAAACCUAUCGGUAGUAAGCAGUUGUUGGUGUAAAAUCAUAGACAAAACACGAAAAAACAAUUCCGUUCAGUUCGAUUGACGGAGAUGAAUCUGGCUACCUGGGAGUCCGUGUCAUAAUCGAGAAAUUGCAUCAAAUCCGUGUGAUAAUAUCAUAAACUAUUGAAGACUGAAGAUGUCGUCGCCGUACACAGUGUUCUUUGACCAGUACUGGUUCGAUACGAGUCUUCCAAGCAUCAUCGUGUACAUCAUUGUGUCGCUCUUCACCAUAUUCUCAAAUCUCCUCCUUUGCGUGGCUUACUGGAAAGAUCCAUUCCACAACCUAAAGACCGCGCAAAAUUACUUCGUUCUCAACUUGGCGAUCGCCGAUCUCAUUAUGGGUGCCAUUUCAGAGCCUCUUCUUGUAGUGACGUAUUGGUAUGACCACAACCUCAUCUACUUCAUCCACUAUCUAUUCGCUAUCAUCUCUGCGGCCUGUUCGUUACUCAACAUAACAGCGCUCUCCAUAAUUCGAUAUUUCGCCGUGAAACAGCCCUUUCUCACUCAAAGCAUCGUUAACGAGCGCAGUGCGUUAGUCGGCAUCGGUGUUGUCUGGGUCAUAGCUAUCCAUUACGCCCUGCUUCCGUUUGUGGGAUGGAGAGACAAAACUUUUCAACUCUACUUGUAUGGCUUAGCCUGCGUGAUUCCGACCGUGGUAUUUAUCGUCGCUUAUUUCCUGGUGUAUCGUGCGCUACGUCGCCAUACGACCGUGAUCAAGGGUCUCGGAGAGGGAAAAAGCUUGGCUCUCGAAAACGCGCUUCGUACAGAAAAAGCUGCAACGCGAACGGUUUUGCUGGUUCUGGUGGUGUUCCUUGCGUUAUGGAUUCCGUUUUUGAGCAUCGAUUUUAUAAUAGUUCAAUGUGAGACCUGCAGAAACGAAACGUUUCACAUGGCUCGGGACAUCACCCUUUCGCUGGUGUAUUUUAGCAGUGGAAUUAAUCCGGUGAUUUACGCUUGGCGCGUGAAAGUUUUCCGGAGAGCUUUUAUGCGCGUAUUGAGUGUCCAAGGGGGGUGUUCUUUUAAUCGAAGCCGUGCAUUGUGGAAAAGGACUUUUAAUGGUGGGGUUUCGCUACCAAAUCUCGCGCUGAACAGUUCCAAGCAAGCAAGUUGGAAUGUGGUAUAUCCUGGUUUGAAGGGAGAAACUAUUGAUGGCAGCACAGGGCAAGCAAAUGAAUCGCUAGAACUUAGUUCAGCAGAGUUGGUUGUUUGUAAGACACCUGCCGCUGUACCAAAUUGUGAAACACUGAAGAUGUCGUCGCCGUACACAGUGUUCUUUGACCAGUACUGGUUCGAUACGAGUCUUCCAAGCAUCAUCGUGUACAUCAUUGUGUCGCUCUUCACCAUAUUCUCAAAUCUCCUCCUUUGCGUGGCUUACUGGAAAGAUCCAUUCCACAACCUAAAGACCGCGCAAAAUUACUUCGUUCUCAACUUGGCGAUCGCCGAUCUCAUUAUGGGUGCCAUUUCAGAGCCUCUUCUUGUAGUGACGUAUUGGUAUGACCACAACCUCAUCUACUUCAUCCACUAUCUAUUCGCUAUCAUCUCUGCGGCCUGUUCGUUACUCAACAUAACAGCGCUCUCCAUAAUUCGAUAUUUCGCCGUGAAACAGCCCUUUCUCACUCAAAGCAUCGUUAACGAGCGCAGUGCGUUAGUCGGCAUCGGUGUUGUCUGGGUCAUAGCUAUCCAUUACGCCCUGCUUCCGUUUGUGGGAUGGAGAGACAAAACUUUUCAACUCUACUUGUAUGGCUUAGCCUGCGUGAUUCCGACCGUGGUAUUUAUCGUCGCUUAUUUCCUGGUGUAUCGUGCGCUACGUCGCCAUACGACCGUGAUCAAGGGUCUCGGAGAGGGAAAAAGCUUGGCUCUCGAAAACGCGCUUCGUACAGAAAAAGCUGCAACGCGAACGGUUUUGCUGGUUCUGGUGGUGUUCCUUGCGUUAUGGAUUCCGUUUUUGAGCAUCGAUUUUAUAAUAGUUCAAUGUGAGACCUGCAGAAACGAAACGUUUCACAUGGCUCGGGACAUCACCCUUUCGCUGGUGUAUUUUAGCAGUGGAAUUAAUCCGGUGAUUUACGCUUGGCGCGUGAAAGUUUUCCGGAGAGCUUUUAUGCGCGUAUUGAGUGUCCAAGGGGGGUGUUCUUUUAAUCGAAGCCGUGCAUUGUGGAAAAGGACUAUUAAUGGUGGGGUUUCGCUACCAAAUCUCGCGCUGAACAGUUCCAAGCAAGCAAGUUGGAAUGUGGUAUAUCCUGGUUUGAAGGGAGAAACUAUUGAUGGCAGCACAGGGCAAGCAAAUGAAUCGCUAGAACUUAGUUCAGCAGAGUUGGUUGUUUGUAAGACACCUGCCGCUGUACCAAAUUGAAAAUUUGGCAAAGUCCCCGUGAAAAUAUGCUACAAAACCCGCAGUUUUAUUUGUUUUCAGUUGGAUAAAAGCUCAACAAACUGUUUACGUGUUUUCGUGGUCUCUGCGGAACACGUCGGGAGUAUAAAUGUAGAUAGCCUUCAUACAAACGAAACAGUACGUGUCAAAGUGUCCACGUAAUAUUUACUGAGUCCUUUUGAAUCUUCUCUUGGGGCAAGUCUUUUGAAGUGGCACAUCUGCCGCUGGUGUCAAACAAUUUUUAAUUUUCGUGCGUCGCAUUGUCUGGGGAAACAACAAUUAAAGGAACAUUAAGAAAAUUGGACCAUGGUUGUUAUAUCCACUAGACGCCCAAAUUAGUUCUACGAAUUAAUAAAAGGACACCUGCCAUGCCAAUUCCAACAAUGGCAGCUCUCGUGAUCAAAUGAAAGUUGGCUUAAAAAGUAACAACUAUAGCCGAGUAUAAGUAAUCAGCAGCUAAGAUAAUAAAAAACUGUCAUUUCGAAUCAGAUAUGGUUUUCAGGAAAAAGAGUAAAUUGCAUCCAAAUUCGGUUUGUGUCAACUUGUGGAUGGAAAAUUGUCGCGACGUGAUUGAAAAUAAUUCUAUACUGGCAUAUUCCAGCAUCAGGACGCUGCGGGUGUCGGGCGCGAGCCAAAGGAAAGAAAACAAAGGCAAAUGUGAAAAUGAAGGAACUGGCUUAUUUGAAACAAAGGAGGUCGUGGAAUUUAUUAGUUAAUGGCCAGAGUCAUUGUGAAAAAUGUUAAUUUGAGUUGGAGCUUUGAAAAAUGUUAAUUUGAGUUGGAGCUUUGUCAACAGACUUCAGAGAGGAAAUGCUACCAGUUGCAACUAAAUUCAAAUUUACUCGUCUAAAGGCCAAAAUCAUAGACAUAUUUGGGUUUUGAGCACAAACAGCUCGAAAAUUGAAGGCAAACAAGAAAAGCAAACAAGGACGAAACAUUUAGAAUUCCAAAUUCGUGUUUAAACAAAACUUAGGUUUGACCUACAGGGAAGUCUUUUUAGUAAAGCGCGACAAAUGUGUUUCGAGCUAUUUCUUGAAAAAGCAAAAGAGAACCUUCGAGAAAAUGGAAAUUAUAUGUGUGGUCUGAUGUUUGCCAACAGCAUGAUAUACUCUUUUGAUUAAUUUACCAAGUUUUAAUAAGUAUCGCUGAGAUAUUUUUACAAAAUGUUCAAACUUCAGUAAAUGAAUCUAGCGUAAAAAUUGGGCUAGCGCUUUUCACAAAUUUUGUCUAGUAGAUGCUGGGACUAUUUUAUACCUAUAAAUACACAUACAAUUUCUAUGUCGAAUAAAUAAAUAAAUAAAUAAUAAAUAAAGCGAUGUUUCUAGCCAAGACGUAUGUUGUUUUUAAUCACAGCGUAUCGUAAGGUUGCGUGCAAUUUCACUUGCAGCUCAAGGUGCCGGGAGCUAAAAGGAAUAGUGAUAAUAUUUCUGUAAUUGCAUGGGCGCAGAAUAAUUUUUGAUGUUGAUAAAAGCGCGGAAUUUAGUCAUUACACUCAACAAACUUUUUUUGACGUCUGUUAAAUUUCUCAAACGGUAUUGCAAAAACUGAGUGGCAGGUUUAAGGAUUUUCAAUCAUAAGAUCGGGGGAAGGGGUACUCCUGUUUUGUCAUGUACUGCGGAUCACUACUGGGUCCUCAGUUUUAAAAAGUUUAAGAACGGACUUAAGCGUCUUUUUAACUUAGUCUCUUACCUGUUUUAAUGAAUAUUUUGUUGUAUACAGAUAAAUAAUUCUAACCUUUUCUUUUAAGGUGAAACGUCAGAAGGCCAAAUAACCUCUGUUUCUUCCUUUUCAAGAUGUAUUUUAUUUGUCUUUAUUAUUGUAUCUCGAAUAAAACAUUAUGUUAUGUUAUGUUUUGUUAAAUAUCCCUAUCC